AUGAGAAAACGGUAAAUGCACAAGAUGCUGCUAAAGAUAAAAAUUUUGAAGAUACAGGAUUUACUAUCUUGGGAAAUGAGAACUUUCAGAAAAAAUUAAAGGUAAAAAGGGUUCUUCCAUAUUGGUUGGCCAAUCCAACAGUAAUGUCAUCAGAUUUAAAAAAUAAUACAACCAGUAUUGAUACUAUUGAUAUGUUGAACGAAACUAUAAAAAAUAAUUUAAAAGCUUUGAAAAUUGAUCAUUUUUUCCCAGUGCAAACGACACUAAUACCUUGGCUUUUACAAGGCAUAAAUGUUCCUGAACCUUUACGACAAUCUGAUGUUUGUGUUUCUGCCCCAACAGGAAGUGGUAAAACUCUUGCGUUUGUUAUACCUAUUGUUCAGGGUUUGUUAACAAGAAGAGUUCGUAAAGUACGUGCUUUAGUAGUUUUGCCUGUGCACGAAUUAGCUGUUCAAGUAUACAAAGUAUUUCAAAGUAUGAUAAUUGGAACUGAUUUAAAGGUGACCCUCUUAGCAGCUCAAAAAACACUUGUUCGAGAACAAAGUUUUUUAGUUAAAAAAUCUUGCACUGGAGAAUAUUUAAGCAAUUGUGAUAUACUAGUUUGUACAGCUGGUCGGCUUGUUGAACAUUUACAUUCAACUCCUGGAUUUACUUUGAAAGGUUUGCGAUAUUUGGUUUUGGACGAAGCUGAUAAAACAAUGGAGCAAACACAGAAUGAUUGGUUACUACAUGUUGAUAAUCACUUGAGGAAUGAAUUUAAUCAAACCGUUCGGUCCACAACAUUAUCAUUGAAAACUUUGAAGGAUAUUUCUGAACAACCGCAAAAAUUGUUGUUCUCAGCAACAUUAUCACAGGAUCCUGAGAAGUUGCAAAAAAUUGGUUUAUUUCAGCCAAGGUUAUUCACUACAGUUUCUAAAUCUCUUGACAAUGUGCAAUUACAAGGCAAAAGCAUCAAACGAGGAGAUUUCAUUGGAAAAUACACAACACCAGAGGAAUUAAAAGAAUAUUAUUGCAUUACUAAUAUAUCUAUAAAACCAUUGGCGAUGUUAACACUUAUUAAAGAAAAGUCCUGGAAGCAGGUGCUUUGUUUCACUAAUUCAUCUAAAGCAGCACAUAGAUUAUCACUUUUAUUGCAUCAUAUGGCACCAGAUAUGAAAAUUUCUGAGUUAUCAGCAGCUCUUGAUUUUAAAACAAGAGAAGACACAUUGCAGAAGUUUGCAAAAGGAGAAAUUAAUAUAUUAAUAUCAACAGAUGCUUUAGCUAGAGGAAUGGAUAUUGACAAUGUUGAUGUCGUUCUUUCAUAUGAUGCCCCACACCACAUUAAAAAUUAUAUACAUCGUGUAGGCCGAACUGGCCGAGCUGGUAAAUGUGGUGAAGCUGUUACUUUUAUUGAAAAAUCGUUUUCAACACAAUUUCAGGCAAUGAUAAAGAGCAGUGGAAAAAAUGCAUUACCAGAAAUAGAGAUAAGUUCUGAAGCUUUAGAAAAUAAUAUGGAAAAAUAUCGCAAUGCUCUAGAAAGUCUGAAGACAACUCUUCAGAAAGAGGAACAGACUAAUGUUAUUGUAAGCAAGAUGGAGAAGAAAGGAAAAUUAAAAAGGAAAAAGAAUACGAAAGCAUCAAAAAUUAAGAAAAUGAAAUUGAAUUAAUUUGUACCAUGAUAAUGUCCAAAACAAACAUGGAUAAAAAAUUCAUAAAACAUUAUGAACAUUCAGUGUUUAAAAGAUCAUGAACUUCAUAAUAUGCAACUAUGAUAAUGUGCAAUAUUGCAUAUUAGCAAUUGAAUCGCACACUAAAUAUAAGUAUGAGUACGAGUUUAUAUAAUUCGAAAGAGAAUA